CGGUUAAGCCCAAUUAGAGUCACGUCGCGUUAACGAGCAUCGAAAUAACGUCGCCAUUAGCUCGAUGUAGCGAUUAGUUUGGCUUGAAAACGAGCUAACAAGCUGGCGACUGGAUUAUAGUCUCCCAUUUUUCGAAUCGUAUUAAUCAUGUAUUAUAACCAUCUUGUAAUCGAAAAAGAAGUAUCCGAGAUAGUAUAAUUAAGGAAUAGGAGAAAGAAGACUGACGGAGGUAACGCCAACGCAAAUGCGAAUAGAGUUACGGGGAUGGGCGAUGUUUCCAACGUAUGAGAGGAUCAUCGUUAACGAGCAACGACGCUGCGUCAACGCGCUCGCCGUAGCCCACCAAACACGUUCUCCGCGUAUUUUUAUAGCUCUCACUCGCGAAAGGCCAACGUGUUUCCCAUUAGCUCUAUCACCGAAGAAUUCUUAACGAAGGAAAAUGAGAGGGUGAAAAUCGGUGGAAAGAGGAGAAAAUAAAGGGUAAAUCGUGAAAAGGAAGUAUGAACCGUCUGAUAUCGUUGGAUCGCGAAGAAGACGACCCUUGGAGGAUCGAGUUCACGGAGAAGGUUCGGACGGAGACGAGGAACCUCGAGAAAAGUGCGAGAGAGCAGCAAGAUGGCGGAUAGGCACGAAUAGGCGGCGUCCCUACGACGUCGUUGGCUGUAGCGUUGGCCAAUGGUUGUGCGAGGAAGGCCUCGAAACGCCACGACCACCGCCAGUCGCGAGUUUGCCCGAGAAGCAGGGACGUUGAGAAGCCGGGACACGACUGGGACAAACACGAGGAGCGCGACGUCGGGGAGACAGGAAUUAAAAUGCGCCCGACGAGCUUCGCCAGUCACCCAUCGACUCGUGCCCGAUAAGGUCGAUGCUCGUUACUUCUCCUCUCGUUGCUUCUCUCUUCCUAUUCUCGCGUGGACUGUGUCGUCGUCGUCGUCGGCUCUCUCUCUCUCUCUCUCUCUCUUUCGCUCUCUUUCUCUCUCCGUCUGUCUCUCCCUCUCUCUCUCUCUCUAUCUCUCUGUGUAAAUAUCCAUCCAUGUGAUCGAGAGAUCCGAUGAAUUAACACGUGUCAGAAUGAGGACGAGAGCUUCAAAGUUCUGUGUUGAAAUCCGUGAGAAAUAGGAGCAAGAAAGGUACGGAUUGUGCAAAGUACGUUCGACGAAUCCAUGGAUUUAUACAACCAUCGAUACUCGUGAUUCUUGAAGAGAAAUCGAGAAUCCUUUGGACGCUAAUCGAAAUGACGUUCGUUCGAUAAGUCGGACGAUGCAUUUUCGGUGAAGAAGAUUAAAAGAUCUUUGAUCGAACAUGGACGUGGAUUCGAAUGUCGAAGAAACGGAAUUGGACGUUGGGUCAGCGAGCGACGAGUUGGAAACGUCGAUCGCCGAAUCGAAGAUCGCUCGACGUCCAACGCCAAAACCGUUUACCAUCGAGAGUCUCAUAGGAAGUUGCACGGGUGCCAGAGGGAAUUGUACCGGUGACAUCGGCAUGUCGAAGAACGACAAGACCAAUGGAAACGAAGAAGGGAACGAAAGGGAAAGAGAAUAUCUUUAUCAACGGCAUUAUCUUGCGACGGCUGCGGCUGCUACUGCUUUGCCAUCAGGUUUCGGUGUACCGUUGAGUUUGUACGGGGCUUGGCUACCUAUGCGAAUGUAUGGCGGUGGCGGCGGCGGCGGCGGCGGCGGUGGUGCUUCCGGCGUCCCAAUGCUACCGCCACAUUCCUCGGUCAGUUAUCCUUCUCAUCAGGAUCUGCACCAGAAUAGAUUAGCUCAUCAUCUGGGAGCCGGUUCGAAUCAUCUCCAGGGUGCAGCUUAUCCUAACACCUUCCACCGGUCUAUAAGUCAGCGCGGAUCUACCAGUUUCACGGACAGCGACGACGAAGGUAGCAUCGACUCACCGCCCUCUCCCGUUCACGAUCUCUCCAAAUCGAGACUAGGAUCAGAAAACGGACGAGCCUCCGCCGAGAGCGAAGACGAAGGCGGAGGAACGAGCGGUACUGGCGAAGGUCUCGACGCUACCGACGGCUCCGUCAACGGUACCAGAAGCAAUUGCUCUCCCAACGGACAAGCUCACGAAAGCGCUCGUGGAAAUUCGUCGUCGAACUCGUCGUCCGGAAACAAAGCUCGUCGCAGACGGACUGCGUUCACGUCGGAGCAACUUCUCGAGCUCGAGCGGGAGUUCCACGCUAAAAAGUAUCUCAGUUUGACGGAGAGAUCGCACAUAGCGCACGCCCUUAAGCUUUCCGAGGUCCAGGUCAAGAUCUGGUUUCAAAAUCGUCGAGCAAAGUGGAAGAGAGUCAAGGCUGGACUCAAUGGAAACGGAGGAAUCGGCUCGAACGCUUCGUCGAUGUCGAGCUCGGGUGCAGCCGGUGGCCGUCACGGCGGAAGUACCGGACAACAUACCGGGAACGGUACGAGAAUCGUCGUACCGAUACCGGUUCACGUGAGUCGAUUGGCCGUGAGAUCGCACCAUCAUCAUUUGGAAAAAUGUGCGAGACCGGCGCGCAUAAGAACGACUACGACGACGACGACGACGACGACUGCAACGUCUACGACAGGAGCAGGGGCGACGGUGAACGAAGUUGGUGCGACUUCGUCCUCCUCGAUUCUCGUUUCCGACGCUAUGGGUUUGGUGAGCUCUUCGAUGAAUUUACCCAGUCAAUUGCAAAGUUCACCUUUGGCCGUAGGCGUUGGGAUCGGCGUAGGCGUCGGAUUAAGGGCCUUCAGCGUGCCAGCUCAUCGGGAUGGACUCAAUUCGGCCGGAAGGUAGUGAACGCUCGAAUCGCGAUCGCUAUCGCUUAUCUUCUUUUACUUUUUAUCAGGAUAACGUUGCUACAUAUACAUUCCCUUCGACGCGAUAAUUGCCUACCUACUACUACCGUGACUCUGAAAUGGAGUCUUUUCUUUUUCUUUCUUUAUUUCUCUUCUCUUUCUUUUUUCGAUAUUCCUCGCGUCUUUUCCUCAACGAGAAACCCCUUCUCGGGGUUUAAAGAGAAGAGUCAUUGCACCCGGCGCUACUAACUGGAUAAGAAAAAGACACGUGCAAAGCGUAAGAGCGAAGGAAUAAAAAGAGUGAACGCGACGGUAGCCGCGACGGUAAAUAGACAUAAGAAUCGAGAGCUGUAAAUAGGAACGCGCGUAUCUCUAGGAUCGUAUUGUAUAUACAUCGGUCAUGCAUAUUAUAGAUAAUUUACGUUAGGCACGGUUUUACCCUAUCGCGCUCUACUCUGUUACGGUGAUAUUGUAUCGAUUUGUCGUGUGAUUAUCGCAGCUGUAUUAUACCGGUGUCUCGUAGAACGUUGCGACAGCGUUCUCUCCUACGUAUAUAUAUGUAUGCAUAUGUAUAUGUGUGUACAUACA